CGGGCAGCGAGUCCGACAAGGAUGAUGGUUACUACGAUCAGAGCGAACGAUCGAUAAGUCCUGACAAGGAGCAACCGUUCUCGAUUGUGUCCACGUCCAGCACUAACAGCAGCAGCAGCAGUACGGUGUGCAGCGAAUCGACCAACAUUUCAAGCGUCACGUGUACCAAAAGUCUUCCCGCCGGUGGCAAUGGUGCCGGCAAUCGCUACACUUCCAAAACGAGCAUCCGGCUCGGAUGUGAUGGUUCUCUGUUCCUAAACAAAAGCUAUCGGGAUGAGGCGGACGGAAGUUCUCCGUGUGCCGGAGGGACCAGUGAUCUCGAAGGUGACGAGGGAGACAUUGGUAACAGUGACACACCGGGGUGCAUAAGUGGUAAAGGUGGUUCCUCCUGCUGUUGCUGCCGACGCAGAAAUCAUCAGAAGUUUGCCCAUCGGUCGCCACUACCGUGUCUAAUCAGUUCGAUCGACAUUCCAUCCAAUGGCAGCUCAGAAAAGUCAGUUUCCAAUAAUAAUGUUGGGAAAGGUGGACAUGCACUAAAGCACAAGGGUGAUCAUUGCGCAUGUGCUAAGCAGACAAAUGGUCAACAAAAGAUUGAAAACUUUUCACCACGACCUCGAUCGAUUGAAGGACCACUUGACUCGGGCAUCUCGAUUAGCAGCGACACGGCGAUAACCAGUUCGGACAGUGAUCUGAAUUUGCAGAGCCAAACGGACUCGGACGAGCGGAAAUUGAAACGAGGACAUGUUUUAGCAGAGCUGCUGGAAACGGAACGAAUCUACGUCGCUGAGAUGGGUUCAAUUUUGAAGGGCUACAAAGACGAGAUGCUGUCCGAGGAGAUGAGCUCACUGGUGCCGCCCGGAUUGCAAGGAAAAUCGGACAUACUGUUUGGCAAUCUGCACGAGCUGUACACCUUCCACAAUGACAUUUUCCUGAAGGAUUUGGAAAACUGCAUUUCCACCACCGAGCUGGUCGCACUUUGCUUCGUGCAACGGCGCGAUACAUUCUUCCGGCUGUACUCGUACUACUGCCAGAACAUACCACGUUCGGAGCGCUUGCGGGAAACGCUCGUCGAUACGCACCUGUUCCUGCAGGAAUGCCAAAAGAAGCUCGGCCACAAGCUCCCGCUGGCCGCGUAUUUGUUGAAACCGGUGCAAAGGAUUACCAAGUAUCAGCUGCUGUUGAAGGAUUUGCUCAAGUUUAGUGACACUGGAACAUGCUCGAGGGAACUACAGAAGGCGCUCGACUGUAUGCUGGUGGUGCUCAAGUGUGUCAACGAUUCGAUGCAUCAAAUAGCAAUUACAGGCUUUCCGGCCGAUUUAUCGCAGCAGGGUGAGCUGCUGAUGCAGGACUCGUUCCAAGUGUGGACGGAGAGCAAGAAGGAUUUGCGGCUCCGGCUCAAAACCCAAAACCGGCACAUCUUCCUGUACCAAAAGGCGAUGCUGUUCUGCAAGCAGGGUUCCAAAACGGGACACAACAAGAGCACUUACCAAUUUAAACACUGGCUGCAGAUGUCACAGAUUGGUUUAACGGAGUCGGUGCGCGGAGAUUCGAGACGGUUCGAGGUGUGGUUGCAGGGCCGCCAGGAGGUACACACGAUACAGGCGACCACGAUCGAGAUCAAAAACAAAUGGGUUGCCGAGAUUAAGCGCGUGCUGCUGAAUCAGCUGGAAGAGCUGAAGGGAGAAAAGAUAAAGCAGUACGGCCUGAACCACAAACCACUGCGACACAUGACGUCGUGGGAUGUUCCGCAAGCCGCCGUUCACGGUACGCCGAAUCGGACGGUGAGCUGUGACCAGCAGGCGCAACAUCAGCCGACCAGCAACGGUUUGGCGGGCGUCGGUGGAAUGAUCGGACUUGCGCAGGAUGUCGUCACGCGGAUAUCGAACAUCAACGAUGACAGUCUGCUGAACGCGACCGGCAUCUCGUCCUCGUCGUCCGAGCACGAUAAUCAGGAAAGCAACGCGUGGAGCUCCGACUACUCCAACAGCGAGGACGAGUUCACCACGGUCGAGGACAGUGUCGUGCCGGGACACAAGUUUGUUUCGCUCGCGGACUAUUGUGCGAUGGGCAACUCGGAAGUGUCGAUGAAGGAGGCGGAAGUGGUAGAGCUGUUGAAGGUCGGUUGUGCCGGAUGGUGGUUCGUGAAGGUGGUCGCUACCGGUCUCGAAGGAUGGGCUCCGGCCGCGUACCUGGAAGCGGUCAGUCGCAAAAACUCUCGUCUUCGCAGUGCUCGCAGUCAGGACCGGCUGAACGAGCACUAGAAGGGAGCAGUCGCACAGCAUCCCCGGGCGGGUGCAAAUUUAGAGCCAAAGCAAAAGAGAAACUGACUGCCUGGAGCUGCUUCUGGAGCAGGUGUGUCAAGAAGUGUUUAGUUAGACAAUACUACUAUUACUACUCUCCUACCACGGCUGCGUCACGUCUCUCGGGGCCCGCCGGCCACGCGCGUAAGAUGUGUAUGAUUUAUCCAAGUACCUCGAAUUGAUGCGUCGAUUCUUUCUAAUGCUAAUUGUAAGACGCGUUGUUUGGCUUAAAGCAUGCGGCAAAGUGAUGAAUACUGAAUGAGACUUAGAGUAUUAGUAGAAGAAACACGACUCGAAUAGGGGCAAUAGGCAGUGUUCCGGCACUAUUCUUUCGAAUCUUUGCGAUCUCUAUUUUACACGUUCGCUUUUCCUGCUUUUCCCUGUUUUUCCUUCCACUUCGCGCCGGAACCGUAAUCGUGUAUAAUCCUAGCUAACUAAGCCCGUACGCGGAUAUAUUUAUUUGCAAUGGAAUGGAGCCUGCUGUGUUGAUACGCUUUUGAUAAGCGAGCGUAGUUCAGUGGACGUAGUACCGGGCCAAUAAUCGCCUGCUGUAGACGAAUUGCAAUAUUAACUCACCUAAAAGCUGUUGUUUUUUAUACUCGCUAGUAGUACGCAGUUAGCUAAUAUAUCAUCUCAUCACACGUAUUUAUCCAUCUCGGUAAUAUAAAGCUAACGGACCAUAAUCGGCUUCGGAGUUGUGUGUUGCGAAUCGAAUAUUGAACGUUUAUGUGUCGCACAAACUAACAACCCCGGGGCGCUUAUGUAUAACAAACGAAACACUGUGGAGAUCUUUGUGAAAGAUAUUUGGAAAGAAAAGAGUGCAAUUAAAAUAAAAUUAAACACAGAAGCGUUUUUGGAACGAUCGUAA